AAAAAGGACCCCCCCAAUCCCCCAAACACAUUGCCAUCUUCUACAGCAAAGCUGCUUUCUUUUCUUUUUCUCUUUAACUCCAUUUAACACAUACUCACUUCUACACCAUUUUCAUUUGCAAAUAUAACCACAUAAUGGGUGGGGUAACGUCGUCAAUGGCGGCGAAGUUAGCUUUUUUUCCACCAAAUCCACCGUCAUACAGGGUUGUUACUGACCAAAUUACUGGUUUGUUACUGCUUGAUACUUUUCCUCACCGUGAAAACGUUGAUGUUUUGAAACUGCCUACUCGAAGGGGAACUGAGAUUGUUGCUCUUUAUAUUCGGUAUCCUAUGGCUACUUCUACUUUACUUUAUUCUCAUGGAAAUGCUGCUGAUAUUGGACAGAUGUAUGAGCUUUUUAUCCAGCUUAGCAUCCACCUUAAAGUCAAUCUUAUGGGGUAUGACUACUCUGGCUAUGGACAGUCAUCUGGCAAGCCAAGUGAGCAGAACACAUACGCAGAUAUUGAAGCUGCAUACAAGUGUCUUGAAGAGAGCUAUGGUGCAAAGCAGGAAGAAAUUAUCCUUUAUGGCCAAUCUGUUGGAAGUGGUCCCACCGCGGACCUUGCUGCUCGUUUGCCUCGACUUAGAGCAGUUAUUUUGCAUAGUCCAAUCCUGUCAGGCUUAAGGGUCAUGUAUCCUGUCAAACGAACGUAUUGGUUUGACAUCUAUAAGAAUAUUGACAAGAUCCCAUUGGUUAAGUGUCCUGUCCUGAUCAUUCAUGGCACUUCUGAUGAAGUUGUUGACUGCUCCCAUGGCAAACAACUAUGGGAACUAUGCCAGGAAAAAUAUGAACCAUUAUGGCUCAAAGGGGGAACACAUUGUGACUUAGAGUUAUACCCCGAAUACAUUAGACAUCUGAAGAAAUUUGUAUCUACAGUUGAGAAACCACUUUCUCAGAGAAACUUAUCAAGAAAAAGUAUAGACAGGCCUGAACAAUCACGAAAGAGCACAGACUGUUUUGAAGGUCCAAGGAAAAGCACUGACCGAAGAGAGAAACCAAGAAAAAGUACUGACAAGCCGGAAAAACUGAAAAACUACGAGUACAAGUUUGCCAAUGAUGAUAAGAUUUCGAAGUUAAGGAUGUCUUUUGAUCAAUCAGAGAGGUCUAGGAGGAGCGUGGAAUUUUUUGAGAAGCCUCGAAGAAGCAUUGACCAGAAUAUGGAAAAAGCGCGAAAAAGCGUGGACUGGCUAGAUAGAAUAAGAGCUGGUUGAUCUUGUCAAUGAUAUUGUAAAUUUCAUGAUCACGUUUCAAGUCAAUUGUGGGGGGAGUAUAUUAGUUCAACAAGUUAACAAUUAAUUUAUGGUUAUCAAGUGUGUUUUAGUUAAUGUUCAGCAGAGCAUCUGUUUUUUCCUUUGUGCUUCUUUCUAUUGUGAAAAGAACAAAUGAGAUAUAUAGUUUGACAUCUCAUUAUAGUUCUGAGUUGAUUAAGCGGCAUCCAUUUGGUUCUUUUGUGUGGA